AUGUUGGUCCUCAUCUUGGCUCCAUGUUUCAAAUCCAAGUUUAUAACUGCUGAGCUGGCUCACCUGUUCAGCCAGUCAGACUCAGAGGAGUUUGAAGGUUUCAGUGAAGAUGAGGAGGACCAAUUGAGCUUUAACAAGCAGAAAAAAGUGGUGGAUUCGGAGGGCAGUGACGUGGACACCAGCUUCUAUUCUGAUGGAGAGGAGGCCUCCCAACAAAAGAGGAGGAGCCUCUUAGUUGCUCUAAGGUUUCCAAUUAAAAGAGCAUCUUCUACCAAGCCAGAACUGCAAGAGGAAAAAUGUAAAACGGCAGUUAAAGGCGAUGCGCCAUCACAGAGACGCAGAGGAAGACGAGCGAGGAAUGAACAACAGUACAAGGAGGAAGAAGAGGAGGCAGAAAAGGAUAAAACGGAUGUUCUGUCUCAGAGUCUGAACAAACGAAAUAAGAACAUCCAGGAAAACAAAGCCAUGGUAUCAAAGUCGGAAACAUUUUGCUCCUGUUUCCUUUGUAUUAGGUGUAUUUUCAAGCUUUUUUUAUCGUACUUUUUGUUACUUUUGACUAACUAAAUCAUGUUUCUUUUUUU